AUGCAGUCUGACCGCAAGGUCAAAUUUUCCAACCCGUUUGCUCUAUAUGGUUGGUGUAUUCGCCCUUUUGAUCUAUCAGAUCAAGGAGGCAUUGCUUCGCUCCGUGAAAUGGUAUUCAGCAUCGUCUCCAUCCACAGCUGGAUUUGUGGAUUCCUGGUUACAACCAUACUUGCUCAAUGGGCAGACCCUGGCCUCACUCAGGUUGCUUUAGGCGCAAACAACGCAUGCGAAGCUGGCAAUGUCCGACCUCCUGAGCUUGUCGGUAUUCAUAUCAUUUCACUUACUGCGGCUAAACAACUGAACUACACGUACAAACCUCACCCAAGAUUUCGAUUUGGCCGGGCGAUUUAUGGCCUAAACUUCUGCAACAUCACAGUCAUCUACACCCAUCCAGGCUGGAACGAUGAGAUUCAGGCUACAACUUUUGGAAACGGAGGCGGCGGAUGGGUCACGGGGGGCAGUAAACUUGACGACGCGUCGGGUGAUGGUAUGUCUUGGGCUUUCACCAGCCCCGGAAACAUCAAUUGGCCACUUUUCCUCGACUUCUCCCAUGCUUACAUGCUAGCCCAGCGCUAUCCAAACGAUUUUGACGGGAUUCUGGGCUUCUGUCCUGCCAUAAACUGGGACAAGUUCCAAUGGUCUCCUCUGUGGGCUCACAGAGUCAUGGAUGAGAAGGGCGUCUACCCUCGACCUUGCGAGUUCGAAGCCAUCACUGCUGCGGCUAUGAAAGCAUGCGACGGGCUUGACGGCGUCGAGGAUGAGAUCAUUUCUAUGCCCUCUCGGUGCUUCUUUGAUGCUAGUACUCUCGUCGGCCAUGCUUCUGACUGCGGAGGGAAAGACGCGCUGUUCACUCCCGAAGCAGCAGAGGCGGCAAAUGCUGCUUGGAAUGGGCCACGAAGCUUGACCGGCGAGUUUCAAUGGUAUGGAUAUGGGAGAGAUGCGAAAAUGUGGCAGUUUGGUGCUCUCCAUACGUCGUGUGAUGGCGAAGGAGAGAAAUGCGCGCCGGUCAGGUUGUCCAUCGCCGAGGCGUACGCACGAUACUUUGUCGCCAAGAACGCCGACCUUGACCUUCAAGCCCUUGGUCACAGUCAGUGGGGUGAUCUUUUCGUCGCGUCACGGAACGAGUACGAAUCGAUAACCGGCACUUCCGAUCCCGACCUGAGCAGGUUCCGCAAGGCUGGAGGGAAGCUACUCAGCUGGCAUGGGAUGGCGGACCAGAUUAUCCCAGUCAACGGUACUGUCGAUUACACGGACAAAGUCCUCAAGAAGGAUCCCAAAGCCCACGACUACUUUCGCAUGUUUCUCGCUCCGGGCGCUGAUCAUAGUAUCUCAAAUGGCCUUACUCCGCGUAACACGCUAUCGGCGCUGGUUGAAUGGGUUGAGAAGGGAAUUGCACCGGUCACGUUGCGGGUUGAGGGGCUCAACGCUUACGGCAAGCCUAUGACGAGAGACAUCUGCAUGUACCCGCAAUGGAUUAAGCAUUCGACCAAAGGUCAAUUGUCCGUGGCUGCCAAGGGCACAAGAGCAUCAAUCUCUCUCUUGCAAAACGGUUGGGAUGAGGAGUACUUCAGCGGGAGAUGGCCGAAGCGAUCAGACUGUUUUCGCAAAUGGAGGCUGAGCAGACUUUGA